UUUAGUGUCAGUCGCCGUCGCCGUUAAUAUUUGUCGGCGCAGGGCUCUGCAUUGUAUACAUUUUUUAACUAAACAUUGGCAUUGUGAUUCCUUAUUAAUCGUUUAAUACAAAUCAAUUUGGUUGAAAUAAUGAUUAAGAAUCGAAUAAGUGUUUAGUAAAACAUAACAAUUAGAAAAUUUUACAACAAAAGAAAAAUUGUUAAUGUAACAUUGGUGCUUCGAUGCUGUUUUGUGUUUUAUUUAGAAUUUUAUUGAACUAAUCGAUUCAUGUUCCUUUGUUCUAAUGUAAAAAAUAUAACAGAUAAAAACAACCACAAAGUAUUAAUUGUUUGAUGCGUCAUUAUAAAAACCUUUCAAAUGAAUCGAAAAUAAAUAACCAUCUUAAUUUAAUCCAACCACAAAGAAUUGAAGCUUCACGAUGAUAAGCGCUUUGUUUUCUCGACUCAUAAUAUUAACAUUUGGAACUCUUUACCCAGCUUAUGCAUCUUACAAAGCUGUUCGCACAAAGAAUGUAAAAGAAUAUGUUAAAUGGAUGAUGUAUUGGAUUGUUUACGCAUUUUUUACAUGCACUGAAACUUUUACCGACAUCUUCCUUUCCUGGUUUCCAUUUUAUUAUGAAGUAAAAGUGAUUAUAGUAUUAUGGUUGCUUUCUCCUGCAACCAAAGGUAGUUCAACACUGUAUCGUAAAUUUGUACAUCCAAUGUUGACCCGACGUGAACAGGAAAUUGACGAGUAUCUAAACCAAGCCAAAGAACGUGGAUAUUCUGCUGUAUUACAGUUAGGUUCCAAGGGUGUAAACUAUGCCACCAACGUCAUUAUGCAGACUGCAAUAAAGGGAGGAGGCAAUUUGGUGCAAACUAUUAGGCGUAGUUACAGUCUAAGUGAUCUUUCGGAACCAGAUAUUCAUCGUACUGAAGAUGAGGUUGAUGAUGUCGUUACAAUGCGACCUCAACAAAGAAUGUUACGACAACGUUUAAAUACCCCAGUAGGACGAUCAGCUUCUGGUACACGCCAUUCAACUGGUAUGUAUUUCACAGAAGUGGAUGUUGCUGCAAAAGGAGCAGGGGAUUUCAAUUAUAACAUUCGCUCUUCAGAUGAUAUUAGUUCGGGAUAUUCUAGUGCCGAACCCAUUUCGGGUGGUUUAAGCCGCACUUCUUCUAUGUCUAAUGCUUCUAAAUCACGGUUAAAAGCAAAGCGAUCAGAGGUUGAAUUUGACACAUGUGAAGACAGGCUAAACUAUGAAUUAGACUAUAAAUUGUCUGAAAAUGAAGAUGAAUAUAAAGACAAAAUGGAUCAUGAAUCUGAAAUGGAUCUGAUAUUUGAAGAUAACAAAGAUAAUAUCGAAAAUGAAAAUUUUGAACAAUGCACAGAAGAAUACUUUGAAACAAAAUCAAGCGCAUCGGACUAUACAUCGGAUAUGGAAGAUAAUAAUUUUAACAAUAGUAUUGAAGACCAGAAAUUUUUAUUAUCGGAUCCACAUAAUGAUUCAUUACUACAUAAAUCUAUUAAUUUAAAUGAAAUGCGUACAAGUUUAAAAGAAAUUGAAAAUAAUUUUCGAACAAAUAUCAAAGGAUCUUCUACGAGUAACUACAAUACCCAACGGGCCUAUGUUCAUAAGAAAGGAAAAGCGCCACAACCUCCCGCCGCUCAUCCGACUUUAAAUAUUAACAAAAACUCAGACCAAAUAAGAAAAUGCAGUCUUAAGGAAACCGAAAUAUAAAAACAUAGAUACGGAAAAAAUGUCAGCCAGUUGUACAACAUUACCACGGAGCAAAAAGAAUGAAAAAACCAUAACAGCAACCGCAUUGGCCAAAACACGAGCUAAACAUGAAAAGUAAUUAAAAUCGGACUAAUAUUAUAAUUAUUAGUAUAUAGAGAAAAAAGUUAAUAAUAGAAAAUAAAAUAAACAAUUAAAUU